AUGCCCGUCAUAGAAUCAGGUUUGGAGUCUGUUGAAUUGGUACAUCGUGUAUGGCAUCAAUUAAUAUUUUGUUUGAAGAAUUUAUCCAAUGAACAAGUUUCUAUCAAAACAUCAUUCAUUAAAGCUUUAGUUGAUACAUUAGGUAAUGACAUAGGUGAAUCAAAUAACUCAGCUAUUGAAUGUUGCCUUCUAAUUGGUAAUCAGGGCAAAGAACUUGAUUAUAAAUAUGAUCAAUUAGUUGAACUAUUACGAAUUGUUUUAACAAAAUAUAAAGAGCAUGAACAACUUUUAACUAUGGUUUUAAAUAAAUAUUGGGCAACUGUUCGUGUUCAAGGAAAUAUUAAUAAGGUAUUUCUUGAUUUAUGCAAACAAUUACUCUCACCUUUAUUGGAUAUCCGCUCAAUUUAUCCAUCAUUAUUAUCUCUUAUUGAUGAUAUUCUUAAAUAUAUUGUUUUUCAUAGAACAUGGAUUACAGCUUAUCGUGAUUACAUACAAUCUUUAUCAACAAAUAAAACAAUCUCUUGUCCAGUUUCACCUUUAUUUACUACACUUGAAUCACUUGUUAUUGCCGGAAAUUCAAAUGUUAUUAAUUUUCUUCCACUUGUUUUUCGUCAUUGUAUUAAUUUAAUUGAACCAGAAAAAAUUUCUGAUGUAUUUGAAUUAUUAAUUGAAAUACAUACAUGGCUUGAAAAAAUGUCUAAUGAACAUUUAUAUAUCGAUGGUAUUCGUCAAUUACUUGAAAUUCUCGAUGAAAAACAUUUAAUUGAUCAAUUAUUAAAUAAUUCAUUAGAAGAACGAAUUACCAAUUGGAUGAAAGAUAUAUUAUUUAAACAUAAUAUUGAAAAUAAAACAAAAAAUUAUGCAAAUUUAUGUGUUGUUUGUCUUCAUUUACAUCCAACAUUAAUUGAAACAAAUUUAUUAGAAUUGAUUCAACAAUUUCAUGAUUCGGAACAAUGUCUUUCAAUAUUUCUUAUUGGUUAUAUGAAUUUAUAUUCUCAUCGAAGAUCAUUAUCAAAAUUAACUAAACGUUUAACAAUUGUUUUUGAUAAAUCAACAAUUCUUCCCUUAAAUGUUUUACAACAUUAUCGAAAAUGUAUUUCAGAAUGUACACAUACAUUAAUCGAUGAAAUUUGGUCAUCAUUAUUAGAUCAACUAGAGAAUAGUACAGUACAUUUAAUUAUUAUUCAAUUAAUUAGUGCUCUACUUGAUGGUUAUCGUUUGUUUGAUUUAAAUAUUCCACGAGCAAUAUUAUUACAACAAACUCAAUUAAAAUAUGAUAGAACACUAGAAAAAUUACGUGAACAAAUUAAUGAAACAAUGUUAACAUCAACAAAUUCAAAUCAUCGUACUUGUAUACUUCAAUGUUAUCUAUCAUUAGGAUGGUUUUCAUUAUGUCUUUUAUCAUUUUCAUCAACAAUUUCUCCCGUUAAUGAUACAUACAAUCAUAAUGGACCAUUAUUGUCUCAUGCUCAAUGGAUAUCACUUCAAUCUGAUUCGGAUGUUCAAUCAAUAUUAUUUUCACUUGCUUGCCAACGUUUAUAUCGAUCAUUAGCAGCAAAUGAAAAUGAAAUUGAUCCUAAAUUAAUUGAAAAUCUACUUGAAUUAUCAUCAUUUUCAUCAACAAAAGUUUUUAGUCAACUCGAAUCAUUCUUUGAUUUUCUACCAAAAAAUAAACAAUUGAAAUUGGUUAAACUAUUUAUAAAACAAAUUAUCGAACAUCCAAAUGUUGAUCAAUCUUGGUUUAUUUCAAAUGAAGAUCGUCUUCGAUUAAUUGUUCAAGCAACUAUUGAAUAUAUGAUCGAAAUAAAUACUCAUGAUGAUUCUCAAUCAAAAAAACGACGAAAAAUCGAUUUUGAAGAGAAUAUUGAUACGUUUUACGAUUAUCUAACUACAAAAUCAUGUACAAUCGACGGAAAAAUCCUAUCGUUAUUUUCGUCGAUUAAUUUUAAUGUUAUACAAACAUCUGAUAUAUUAAUUUCAAUUGGUUGGCUUGCAUUAAGUAUUUCACCUGUAUCACUUGAAUCUAUGCAAAUUCUUCUUGAUAUAAUUCAUUCUCAAAAAAUUUUACCAUUAAAAUUUAUGAAUGAUUUACUUGAUUUUACUCUAACGACAAAUAAUGAAAAUAUGAUUGAUCAAGUUUUAAUUAUUCUAUCAAAUAAUUCAACUUAUCAAUCAAUAAUCAAAAGAAAAAUUAAUGAAAUUCUUGAAAAAAUGAAAUCUAAUGAAGAUUUUCAAAAUAUUCGUUUAUUAGAAAAAUAUCUUUUAUUAUUUUAUCAUAGUCGUUCUUUGAUAUCAUCAAAUGAUCUCUGUUCUAUAAUUGAUCGUUUAAUAAAUUCAUCAUCACAUUCAUCAAUAUCAUAUUCAUCAUUAGAUACUCGAUAUAUCUUGGCUAUGAUUAUAUUAAAUAGUUUAACAUCCUAUGAAAAAUAUUUAAAAUUUCUUCAACAAACAUGGCAAUCAAUUGUACGAGAUAUAAAUGGAACAAAUAAUUUAAAAUCAGUUGUUAUUGCUUAUGCAAAACAUUGGAAAAAUGUUUUUAAAACCAGUUCAACAAUUGAUGAUAUUGAUGUAUUAGUUAAAUGUUUAAAUAAUGAAUAUGAAUUAAUAUCAAAAGUUAUUUAUGAUAUCGAUUUAAAUCAAUUUCAACAAUGGAUAGAAAAAACAAUUCAAAAUAUUAAAAUACCAUUAAAAGAUCAAGGUGAAGAUAUUGAAAAUUGUCGACAAGCAUUUCAAUUAUUACAAACAUUAACUCAUUGUUCAUUGAAUAAAGAUAUAAAUGUUUAUUUAAUGACAAUAAUUAAUUCAGUAAUCAUGCAAUGUGGUCCAUUGUUAAUUCAUCUUCCAAUGGAAUUUUCACGAUAUUCAGAAGUAGUGUCAUUUAUUUUAGCAUUUUCUAAUGAUAUAUUAACAGUGAAAAGGUCUCAACUACGUUCACAAGUAGCAUUAAGUUUACUUCAAUGUUGUCUUCAUUUACCAUCAGAUAUUUUAUUUUUAAAUCAUUCAAAUAUUUGUAAACUUGUUUCAUUAUUGAUUAAACAUCAUACAGCAACGUUAUGCAAACAUGUACCAACUAUUGAAACUAUUAUAAAAUUACUUCUUCAAUCAAUUGUUGUUCAAGCCAAAGAUAAACAAGAAACAAAUGAAAAAUUAAUUGAAGCAGCACGUGAUAUAACAAAAUUGGCUGCUCAUCUUAUCGAACAAUGUAAAGAAGAUUUUCGUUCAACGAUUGUUUAUGUUCUAAUUGAUUAUGUUCAUCUUUUAUCAAAAGGUGUAUUCAUUGCCCCUACACUUAAAAAAACUUUACAUGGUGUAGCAUUUGAAUUAUUUCGUAUAAGUGGUGAACGUGUCGACCAAUACAGUGGACAAAUGACAGUUGCUGAACGUGAAUUACUUAAACAACUUCAUCAACAAUUUAAACAAUAUCAUAUGUUUAAAGGAGCUGUUUAA